AUGUAUCUUUCGUCGAUUAGUUCCCAUUUGCUGUUAUAUGAUACGAACAGCUGGGAAGUUAAAUAUUCUUACGGGAAGUCCGAGGGUAUUCUAAAGGAUGUUUCUUGGAGCGAUGACAGUAAAUACAUACUUCUUGUAAACCCUAAAGGAGCUGUUGAAAUAUUGAGUCCUGCGAUUCAAAAUCUUACCCUACAGCACGUACCAAUUGAAGAAUCCUCCUCUGCUACCUUCCAGCGAGAUGGUCACCAAAAUAUUGCGGUUGGAACUCAGAAAGGAGAAGUUAUAAUCUGGGAUGCUAAGAAUAAAGCUAAGAUAAAGACAUUUCCUACAUCACCAAACCAUACUUGUGUCAACAUCCUUAGCUUUAACGCUAAAAACACUAGUGUAGCAGCAACAAUGCAGAAUGGAGACACUGUAAUUUAUGGCCUUGCUACAAAUAUCCCAGUUUCUACAGUAAAGCUGAACUGCUCUAAAAGCAUAUCUGCUAUGAAAUUCCAUCACGAAGCUAGAUCCUUAUUAGGUCUAGCGACUGAUGAGGGUCAUGUCAUAUUAAGAGAUAUAACUACUAAUAAGGACAAAGCAACAUUUGAGGACAGUCAUGCAUCGCCUGUCACUGAUUUUGUAUUUUCUUUGAUAAACAAAGAUGUCAUGUUAUCUUGCGGAUAUGAUAAAAGCAUGCAAGUUUAUGACAUAAGGCAAAAAAAUGUUGUAUCAACUUUAAAGACACCAUAUGCACUUACAGCUCUAGCUAUUAAUAGUGAAAAUCAUGUAGCACUCGGUUCUCAGAAAGGUCAUGUGUUGCUUUAUGACUUGAGAGAUUUAACGUCACCUUAUAAGGUACUGAAAGGACAUGACAACAAGGUUCAGAAAGUAGCUUUUCAGCCUCCAAGAAAGAAGUUUUUCUCACCAGAUUUAAGCUUAGUUGACAGACUGGACAUUUACAGCCCGGCUAAAGCAUCACCUUUGAGAAAUUGUUCAUCUGACAUGUUUUUUGCUAAUAACACACCACCUAAACCUACUGAAGUACCCCCAACUGAAGCCGAAGACUCCUUUCUUCUUAUGAUGGGCAUGAGAGAUAAAACUAAUGAUGGUAUAGAUAGUGAUGCCAACAAAUCUUUUGACAGUAUAGGAAAAAUUGAUCAAAUUGAAUUUAGAUUACAUCAAAUCGAUAUGGAAAAGAAUAUAAGUAAAUCGUCCACUCCAAUAGUUAAUAAAACAACUGAACAUAAUUCCUUACACCCUAUGUUACAUAAUGCAGUAAGUGAAGGAAGGAUAUCUAAUGGAAGAGCCCCAAAUAUUACAAAUCCGAAGCAGAACUCCCUUAGAAAUGAUGCCAUCAUAGACGAUAAGGCUAUUGAAGAUUUAAAAGACUUUAUGAAAUUAAACCUAUCAUAUGUCACUGAUGAGAACAAAAACUCUUUCCUUCACAUCAUGAUGGCAUUGACUAAACAAAACUUAUAUCUUGAAAAGCAGUUAUCAAAUAUGAAUAAUCGUUUAUUGAGCAUUCAAGAAACACAAACUGAAUUGUUAGAAAUUAAUAGGAAUCUUGCCAUAGAAAUUUAUGAAAUGAAAAAUAAGCAUAACUUAAAUAACUCUUCAAAACGUACAUUAUAA